AUGCAUAUGCUGGCUAUAGGGCUCAAGGCCGCCGGAUAUGAAUUCGUUAACUUGGACGAUUGCUGGCAGAUUGACCGUGAUGCUAACGGUCGUAUUAUUGAGGACAGGGAAAAAUUCCCUUCUGGCAUGAAGAACUUGUCUGACUAUAUCCGUUCAAUUGGUCUAAAGUUUGGUACCUAUACCGAUGCUGGAUUCAUGACGUGUUCUCGAAGACCUGGAUCCCUAGGAUACGAAACUAUUGAUGCACAAACGUAUGCUGAAUGGAAUGUUGAUUAUCUGAAAGUCGACAAUUGUUAUCCAGACGCAUCUCCUUCCCGAGAGCGCUUCACAAAAAUUCGUGAUGCAUUGAACGCUACCGGCAGACCUAUCGUCUACUCCAUAUGCAACGGGCAAGUCACUGCCGGUGAAACUACUUGGGAAUGGGCCAUCGAUGUGGGAAACUCUUGGAGAACUACUUUUGAUAUUCGUGAUGAUUGGAACUAUGUCAUCCGUAUCCUUGAUCUACAGAUCCCUUUGACGCAAUAUGCACAGCCAGGAGCUUGGAAUGAUCCCGAUAUGAUGGAAAUGGGUAACGGCAAUAUGACACUCGAAGAGUACCGAUCGCACUUUACUCUUUGGGCUGCUCUCAAGAGUCCAUUGUUGAUUGGCUCUGACAUCUUUGCCAUCUCGGACGAAAUCAUCGAUAUCCUGACAAACCCAGAGAUUAUUGCAAUCAACCAAGACAAGCUUGGAAAGAGUGUUAGUUUAACAGAAAUCGGUCGUGGGCAUCAACAUUAUGAUAUCUGGACUGGUCCUCUUGUUCAUGGUGCCACUGUUGUUGUGCUUCUCAACCGUGAGAACAAGUCUGAGAAAAUUGAGGUUGAUUGGUACCGUCUUGGCUUCAAGGAAAAUGCCAACUUGUUGGUUCGAGACUUGUGGAAACGAAAGAAUUUGGGGGUCAUGACCAGCAGCCACACAUUCCACGUCGAGCCUCAUGGCGUAGUUGUACUCAAAGUCAGAGAUUCACACCGCCAUAGUAACGGUAACCAGCUGCUGGAAAUGCCAAAGAAUAAUCAGCGACGACCUCCAUUCGCAUGGUGGCAUAAAAGGAAUCAACAGCCCGAACCUGCUGAGGAAGGGACACCCUUACUAAACGGACUUGGACUUGAUCCCGCUGCUGUGGAAGUCCUAAAUCAAAAUCUUGAAGUUACUCGCAAGAAAGUCCUCAGAUUUUCCACGGACUUUGUCACGUUUGUUACAAAGGGUAACGGUGUUGACGUCGCUAUUGGUCUCAUGGUUGGAGCAUCUGCUUCAUUGCUUUUACUGUCGUUGAUUGAGGAUCUUAUUACCCCUCCGUUUGGAUUUGUUACUGGUGCACAUCUGCCCGACUACUUUUUCGUUGUAAGAGCAGGAGCCUCGGGCAAUGGCACUUACCCAACCCUUGCCAAAGCUCAGUUGGAUGGUGCCAUCACGAUGAACAUUGGUCUCUUCAUCGCUAGGCUAUUGAAUUUUAUUACUGUCGGCUUCUGGUGCAAAGAUUACGCAAACGGUUUACAGAGGAAGAGGAAGAGCGCUGCCCUUGCUGUCUAUCCGAAAUUCCCAAACAGAGCCAUAGAUGUCGACACUGCCAAGUAUGCUGAAACUCCGGAUUUCAUUGCCCUGGGAAUCUUUGAUAUAGGACGCCGACGUCGUGAUGAUGACGGCGAUACCAUAUACGACGAACGCUAG